AUGAACCCACAAUUCUUUAUCUCACAUGACCUUAUCGAAGAGCUUGUGGAUAACUAUAUUCACUACAUACUUGACAGACCUCAUACUUUGUUCCAUCUACCCUCCUUGCGAGCUGCAGUCAGAGAAGACCGGUUGGGAGAUGCCUUACUCUUCGCUCUGCUGGCAUUUGGCUGUCGGUUCCAUUCUAAGCCCGAAACUUCCUCCCUUGGGCCUAUGUUCAUGCAAAAGUCCAAACAGUUACUGAAGCAAGACAUGGAGAACAUCUGCAUUGAGAAUAUACAGACCUGCGUCCUGCUAGCAAAUCUAUCUUCUUCAUCGAAGAAUCCUGAGUCAGAAGCAAUCUUCGUUACCCUCGGCGUUCGUAUGGCUGAGAUCCUUGGUCUAGACCAACCAGAUCCGGCAGACUCGGAGCUGUUACGUGAAUUAAAAUGCAGGAUCUGGUGGACUUUAUUUAUGGCAGAUCGCUGGAGUUCUAUAGGUCGUAACCUCCGUCGCGCUAUGCCAGACUUUGACCUGGACACUCCCCUGCCAAUGGAUGAAGAUGUCUUCCACCACAUGGAUGUUGAACAAGAACAAGGUAGUGACACACCUCCCACACGCCCACGCCCACUGGGACUUUGGGCAUACAAUGUCAUGCUCGCAAAACAAUUGGGCCCUAUCCAGACCUUGAACAAGCAGUGGGGACAAGAGGACCUCCCUGAGGAAUACGUUAUGCAACGUGUUGCGGAUCUAGCCGAAGGACUACAUAAUUGGGAAGCCAGUCUCCCCAAGGAAAAGAAGUUCACUGAGGAGAACCUUCGGGUACACAGUGCCAAGGGUCACGGAGGACCUUUCCUCGCUAUCCACACAGGCUACCACCAACAUUUCAUACUCCUACUUUUCAGAUUCUUGGAUCUCAAUCGUCCUCAGACACCAGAAACGAUUGAGUAUGCCGAGGCUUGCAAAGGUCACGCAAGUGCCAUUAGUCAUUUGGUUCAACUCUCUCGCCAAGUUCCCCAUUGUGAAUUGGUGUUUGGAGGAGUAGGGUACAUGACAGUUACCUCUUCCGCGGUACUGCUACAUCAGCUUAUUUUUGACCAACACGAUGACACGGCUCAUAUCCGAGCCCAGUUGGCAUCCAACUUUGAAGCCAUAUUUGAGCUUCAGAAAUACUGGCCUUCGGUGUCAAACUCAGUAAAGCGUCUUGAACUAUUCCAAAAGACUUGUACAAGACCUGACGCAAUGCAAACCUUCAAGUUUGACAAGUGGAUGGUGAGAUUCUUGGUGGAACAUCACCUGCCGCUGGAAGAGCCUGAAGGUAGCUUAUCGCCUGCUGAAGUGCGAGAUCACACUACGUGA